AUGAUUAAUUAAUCAACGGAAAGCGAAUUCUUUCAAGAAAAAGAACUCACUGUCUCUAGAUGGUAAUUAGAAGACGAUGAUAAAGAAAAUCAAACUAAGAAUCUUAUAUAACAUGAAUAACCUAAACCUAUUCUCUAUAAGAUCUAGAUAGAAUAUCCAGAUUAUAGUUCUUAGACUCCAUCAAAUAAUAAAUCAAAGGAAUUAAAAAGAAUGAUAGAAAGUAAUUUUAGAAGAAGACCUAAAAAGUCAAGUGAUGCUUGGGAAGAAAUUCUACUUAAAUGCAAUAAUAUUAGGAAAGGAUGA